AUGUAAUAGAAUUAGCAAAACAAGAAUAAUAUUGUCAUUGAUGCUCCUAUUCUAAAUUUUCCAAAUAGAAAAUUUGAAUCAAUAAAUAAAAUUGGAUAAGGAGCACAAGGAUCUGUAUAUUUAGCCAAAUCAAUAAAUUGGGGAAUUAAUGAUUAAAAAUAAUAUGCAUUAAAAUGCUAAGGAAUUACUUAAGAUAAUGAAAUUCAAUUUAUUGAUAGCCUUAUAUAAUAUCAGAAUCAAUAUGAAAAUUCAUAAUAAAAUUAUAAACCAUCUGGAUUAAUUAGAAUUUAUGGAAGAUAUAAAUGGAACAAUUAGGAUGUUUUCAUAAUGGAAAAAGGAGAAUAAGAUCUAUUUGCAUUCAUUUAUGAAUAAUAAUAAUUAACAUUUCAAAAGAAAGUUGAGAUUUUAAUUUAGGUAUUAUUAAAUUAUUAAUAUAUAUUAGAUAUCUUAAUCUAUAUAAUUUUUACAUUAAUAAGAAUUAAUACAUAGAGACAUUAAACCUGAAAAUUAUAUUAAAAUAGAUAAUUAAUUUAAACUUAUUGAUUUUGGAUUAAUAAGAGGGGAUUAAAGAAUAUAGAUGACUAGAAACAUUGGAACAUGUCUUUUUAAAGCGCCUGAAUUAGUUGAAGGAAGACAAGAUUAUUCAAAAUCAGUUGAUAUUUGGGCACUUGGUUGUUUAUUUUAUGAACUUUUGACAAAAUAACCAUUUUUACAAGGUAUUUAGUUUCUUUUAUCUUAGCAUAAACUGCAUUAGAGGUUGAAAAUAUAAUUAAAAAUAUUAAAAAUAAUGAUCAAUAUAUUAAAGAUAGAUUAAAUUAUUUAAUUAAUUAAUUAGAUGAUAAAAAAGAGGAAAUAUAAAACUUAUUAAGUAAAAUGUUAAAUCCAAAUGAUUAAUAAAGAAUCUAAAUUAAUUAAGUAAUUGA